AUGAGAUUUAUAUUACUUCUAACAAUUUUAUCGAUAGUAUUCUAUCAGUCAAAAAGUGCAAUUGACGUACCUACAUUUCAAGCACAAGCUCUUGCUCAACAUAAUUAUUAUCGUGGACUUCAUUGUACUAGUGCAAUGACACUUACUGCAUCAUUAAACACCAUUGCACAAGCUUAUGCCGUUCAAUUGGCAGCGACCAAUACUUUUGCACAUAGUGGAACUGCAGGAUUAGGUGAAAAUCUUUACGCGUAUUUUGGAUCAUCUGCAACUACUUCUUUCAAUGGUUCAACACCAGUCACUGAUUGGUACAAUGAGAUUGCAAAUUACGACUUCACGACAUCAGCAAAAUCAACAGCAGCUUCUUCAACAUCGGAAAUUGGUCAUUUUACACAAGUUGUUUGGGCAGCUACAACACAAUUAGGUAUUGGUGUUGCAUUAAGUAGUGAUCUGAAAAAUGUAACCGUCGUAGGAAAUUACUAUCCAGCAGGAAAUUUACAAGGCGCAUAUGCUGCUAAUGCAGCUCCACUAUGUUCACUCAGUGCUGGAGGUGAUUAA